AGGAAGGAUUUGUGUAUAUAAGAGGUGCAACUGCGGGUGGAUAAUAGUAGUACUGCAGUUCUAUUCCUAAUUGAAAGGAGAUUUAUCAAAAGGUUUCUUACUACGGAAGGAUUCAAGAUGAAGCUACUUUGGGGAUUUUUGCUAGUUUUUGUUCUCAUCGCAUGUGCUGAAAGCCAAGCAUUUGUCAUCCCUUUUCACCCAUUUUACCCGUUCGUUCGAUUUAUAUCAGCCCAAGAACAAGGACAAGUGGCAUCUCGCAAUGCCGGGGGUUGGGGUGGACGAGGAGGCAGAUGGGGAGGAUAUGGAGGAUACGGAGGAUACGGAGGAUAUCCAUAUGGCGGCUAUGGACGCGGUUACGGCGGAUGGGGAGGUAGAGGAUAUGGGGGAUAUGGUGGUUACGGAGGGUAUGGAGGAUAUGGAGGAUAUGGUGGAUACGGAAACAACGGGCGUUACUAAGGACUCCAAUUAUUUUUACAACAACUUGAAAAUCAAACAACUCUUGGAUCCAGAAGUUAACAAUUGAUUACACGUUCCGAUAACGAAAUAAAUCUGACAAGUAUCGUUAACAAAUUUUGUAUUAAUGAUCAUUUUUAUCGGUUUCAUUGAGCUCGAUGCAAUGAAAACGAAAUAAAAUCCUGUAACAAUAA